CUUUAUGACACUGGUUGUUGGUAUUUUCAGAUUGAGUCUAUAGAUUUUCGGUCCCUUCGAGAUAUCUUUGAAAACUCGGCUAAGGUUUACUCAGCAUGCGCAGACAAUCUCACACCUGUACCGGACGAUCAUCACAUUGUACUCCGAAAUUUGCCGGAAGAAGAGAAACGGCAUUAUUGGAGAAAAGGGUUAGGAGCUAUUUCUAGAGGAGAAGUAGCAGUUAUUGUAUUAGCAGGCGGGCAAUCUAGCCGUCUUGGCUCAUCAGCUCCGAAAGGUAAUUCUGGUUUUGAGAACCCCAUAGUAGAGUUUUCUUCAACGGUUUUAUUUAGCUUUGAGAGUGCAUAG